CCUGCCCAAGGGCUGCAGCCUAAAGCUGGCUGGCUGGAUCCCAGCCUCCUUCCUUCCUCUUGACAGGAAAUGACUUUCCUUCCCUUUGUUCCCACUUUCUCCGCUUACCCAACUGGAUCUCUGAUUCUCCCUGGGUGGGGUGAGGGUGGGGGUGCCUUGGGCAAGGCUGGCUGCCCGAUGGGGAGCUUAUACACACCCCAUCCAGGGUGACUAGGGCAGAGUGACAGAGAGAGAAGCUGAGGCUCCCUUUCCUGGUGGGACGUGACAGGGCUUUGAUACCCCCCAGCUCAGGCCCUUCCCCUGGGGCCUGAGGUCCCUGCAGUAACCGCUUGGGAGAGAGGGGGGUGCUGCCCAGCUGCGAACAUCUGGCCUCAGUGCUGAACAUUUUCCCAGAAACCGGGCAGAUCUGACUUCCCGGAGGAGUGUCAUAGGGUCAGGGCUGGGGGUGGGGGUAUCUGGGACCAGCCCAGAAUGCAGUGACCACAGGAUACCCCGGCUAGAUUGGGCCAUUCCUGGUGAGAACAGGCCUGGGAAUCUUGGGGAGCCUUGUGCUGUCAAAGGAAGAAAAGGUGUGUCGUCUAAGGUCCGAGGACACCCUGGACUUCCCGUUAGAAUUCGGAGUCUGUCGUGACGGCCCUGCACUGUGGCCCUCCUUGCAGCUGGGCUGAGAGUCAGGUGAGCACUCGGCCCAGUGCGAGGCACGAAGCAAGUGCCUGAUAUUUCUUCCUUAAAUUUCAGGUGCAAGCCGGGCGCCGAGGCUCACACCUGUAAUCCUAGCUCUCUGGGAGGCUGAAGCGGGUGGAUUGCUCAAGCCCCAGCAGGAGCCUGCGCGAUGGCCACGAAGCCUGAGAAGAGGGUGGCCUCGUCCGUCUUUAUCACCCUGGCGCCGCCGCGCCGGGAUGUGGCCGUGGUGGAGGAGGUGAAGCAAGCGGCUUGUGAGGCCCGGCACGGCCGUGGGGCUCCCGCCCCCAUGAAGGCCCCCGCGGCUGGCUCAGCGGGGAGGCCCAGCCCCUGGACACCCUCAGGCAGGGCUGCAGCCACCGUGCCAGCCGCACCACCCCAGCUCUCCAACGGAGGAUGCUCCCCGCCGCCUCCUCCCCUGGAUGGUGAGGACGCGCUUGCCAACCUGGACCUCCUCCCGCCGCCCCCUCCUGCGUACCUGCCACCUGAUGAGGAGCCCCCUGCCCCCCUGGGGGCGUCGCUCAUUUCGGACUUGGAGCAGCUGCACCUGCCCCCGCCCCCGCCCCCACCACAGGCUCCAGUGGAGCGACCUCCAGUCCAGCCUCAGCCUGGUCCCCUCGGGCCCACGGAGGAGGAGCUGCCACCUCCCCCAGCAGAGCCUGUUGGCUUCCCCGAGAGAGAGACAUCCACAGACAUCUGUGCUUUCUGCCACAAGACGGUGUCCCCCCGAGAGCUGGCCGUGGAGGCCAUGAAGAGGCAGUACCACGCCCAGUGCUUCACGUGCCGCGCCUGCCGCCGCCAGCUGGCCGGGCAGAGCUUCUACCAGAAGGACGGGCGGCCCCUCUGCGAGAGCUGCUACCAGGACACCCUCGAGAAGUGCGGCAAGUGUGGCGAGGUGGUCCGGGAGCACGUCAUCAGGGCCCUGGGCCGGGCGUUCCACCCCCCCUGCUUCACGUGUGUGGCCUGCGCCCGGUGCAUCGGGGACGAGAGCUUCGCCCUGGGCAGCCAGAACGAGGUGUACUGCCUGGACGACUUCUACAGGAAAUUCGCCCCCGUGUGCAGCAUCUGUGAGAAUCCCAUCAUUCCCCGGGACGGGAAAGAUGCCUUCAAAAUCGAGUGCAUGGGAAGAAACUUCCACGAGAAUUGCUACAGGUGUGAGGACUGCAGGAUCCUGCUGUCUGUGGAGCCCACGGACCAAGGCUGCUACCCCCUGAACGACCGUCUCUUCUGCAAGCCGUGCCACGUGAAGCGAAGUGCCGCGGGGUGCUGCUGAGCCCGCCCGCCCGGCACCAGGGCAGUGAGCGGCCCUCUAGCCCCGGCCGGGGCCCUCCCCUGACUUGGUUUCCCUUCCUGACCUGCUCUUGCACACUUUCCUUCUGAGCCUCGGUGGGGACCAGCCUGCAGCUCUGGCCCGCAUGUCUGGGACACGAAGGGAGAGCUGAGCGUCCUCCAGCUCAGGGGGCAGUGGUGGACGGUGACCCCAGACCUUCAGCUCCCCCUCUACCCCCGGGCACCCCAAGGCUCCUAGACCGUGAGGUUCACACCUGGAGUUCCCUGCUGGCCCUGACACAUUUCCAGGGGCGAGUUGGGGCAAGUCUUCGGGUGCUGCCUGGGUCCCCAGCCCUGAAUCUUUAGCUGUCUCACAGGGUGCUGGGACCAGCCGUGGCUUGCGGGGCUGAGCUGUUUGAGGAAAAAUUCCAGGGUCCCUUAAAAAGUGCUUUUUGAAAAUGUUGAAGUUUAAUUGAUGGGAAACAACUCUUUGGAUUGGGGGGAGAAAAAUCUUCAUAGCAAACAUCUCCCCUUGGUUCAUACAUGUAUAAGAAUGUAACCUAGUGGUGGCAUAGCCGUGGACUUCCUGUCUCUGGCGUGUGUCAUGUUGAGGUGGGGCUGGGGCCCUUGUGAAGAGGGUGGUCCCCAGACACCUGGGGACAUUAGCAGCCCCUUCACCUUGCCUUCUGGCACCUCCUCCUGCGUGCUGCCUUGAGUCAGCGGGCACAGAUUGAGUGCCUGUUGUAUGCUGGGGAACAGGGUGCAGAGGUUGAGUGUCUUACACACACACACAUACCCUCUCUCUGUCUUCUCCAGGACAGUGCCAGGGCAGGUGUCCCUCAGCACUCCACUUGUGCCCCCCACGUCCCACUAGGGCCCUCCAGUGGGCUGCCCUGUAACCACUGCCUGCACAAGGCCACACCUAGGAGAUCCUUCUCCCUCUGAAGGAGGACCACUUCUGUUGCUUCGUCGCCUUGAGACGAUUAUAGGUCACCUUGAGACGACUGUAGGGCAUGGACAGGUUAAACAAGACGCGCUUUCCUCCCUGGGGUCUGCAUGACGUGCCACACGCCACAGGUUCCGAGCGCUGGGCCAGUUUCUGUGCAGAACCCUUCGGGGCUUCGGCCCAGAGCACAGCUUCUUGCCCUGAGCUUAGAGCAGCAAGUCCCGAGCCAGCAUUCCUGGAGCACGGCCACGAUUUCCAUCAUAACCAAGGACUUUCUGUUCUGUUAUUUCAUUUACGUUGAUGUACUGUGUUUUCCCCUCACUUCCAACUUCGGUCUUGUGCUGAGCCUCGUAUCCAGGCGGCCACACGCUGAUGUACCAGUUAGGUUUUUUCUUCUCUCACAUGAAAAUAAAUGCGUAACUAUUAGAGACA